CCCCGCUGGCUGUGUAUGGAGUUAGUUGGACUGCUCUACUAUUUAAUCCAACAUAGUGCCAUAUUUUAACUUUCUUGGAUAGAAAGACCACUGUUAAAGUACAAAUAUUUUCCCCAGGCCUACGUGGAGACUGAAACGCUUGAACUUUUUCAACUUUUUGGACAUUUCUUGGCUUUGUUGUCUUUAUCCGGGCUGAUAUUUGUUGAUGGCGCGGUCUAACCAAGAUGGACUCGGGUUGUCUGCCGGUUGGAGACUAGAUAACGGCUUCACCUAUUACAUCUAGAUGUGGACUUUAUUUAAUUACCCGCUGUGAACGUGCUCUUUAUCAACUGGAUGUAACCGGACUGGGUAUUUUCUACCCCAGAGGUCUCAUCCUAUAAUGAACAUUUUCCCACUGAAGCUUCGCUGAACUUUUCCCACGACUCGACAUGUCGGGAGUGGUCCGCACCCUGAGCCGCUGCCUGCUCCCGGCCGAGGCCAGCCGGGACCCGGGCAGCAGCAAGGAGAGGAGCCGGGAGAGGGACGCGGCGCAGGAGCGGGAGGCACGGAGAAGGAGCCGGGAAAUAGACGCCAUGCUCGCCCGGGAGAGGAGAGCUGUCCGCCGGCUGGUGAAGAUUCUUCUGCUGGGGGCCGGAGAGAGUGGAAAGUCCACAUUCCUCAAACAGAUGCGCAUCAUUAACGGGCAAGAGUUUGAUAAAAAGGCACUUCUGGAUUUCAGGGACACCAUCUAUGAGAAUAUACUGAAGGGCAUGCGUGUGCUGGUGGAUGCUCGGGACAAGCUGGGCAUCAGCUGGCAGAGCUGUGAGAACGAGAAGCAGGGCAUGCUGGUGAUGUCGUGGGAGGGACGAGUGGGCGGCUCAGGGGUUGAGCCCAGCGAGUUUCAGCUCUACGUGAUGGCACUGAACGCGCUGUGGGCGGAUACGGGGAUACAGGAGGCGUACACACGGCGCUCCGAGUUUCAACUGAGUGAGUCAGUGAAAUACUUCCUGGAUAACUUGGAUCGCAUUGGUCAGCUGAACUACAUCCCAAGCAAGCAGGACAUUUUGUUUGCAAGGAAAGCCACUAAAGGCAUCGUGGAGCACGACUUUGUCAUUAAGAAGAUUCCCUUUAAGAUGGUCGACGUUGGGGGUCAGAGGUCGCAGAGGCAGAAGUGGUUCCAGUGUUUCGAUGGGAUCACAUCCAUACUCUUCAUGGUUUCAUCGUCUGAGUACGAUCAGGUCCUGAUGGAGGAUCGGAGGACGAACCGUUUGGUGGAGAGCAUGAACAUCUUUGAAACGAUCGUCAACAACAAGCUCUUCCUCAACGUCUCCAUCAUCCUUUUCCUCAACAAAACAGACCUGCUGGUGGAAAAGAUCCGCACGGUCGACAUCCGCAAGAACUUCCCCGAGUUCAGAGGAGACCCCCGCAGGCUAGAGGAUGUACAGGCGUUCUUGGUGCAGUCGUUCAGCCGCAAGCGGAGAAACAGGGGGAAGCCUCUCUUCCACCACUUCACCACCGCCAUAGACACAGAAAAUAUCCGUUUUGUCUUCCACGCCGUGAAGGACACCAUCCUGCAGGAAAACCUCAAAGAUAUCAUGCUGCAGUGACCUUCGCUCAGCAAAUGUUGUUGAAACUGUGAAAAGACGCAAUGAAUGCAGGACUGUGAAUCAGGCCUGCUUUAAUGUGACACUACAGCUCUUGAGAGCACAUGAACACUCACCAGUGGAGUACACAGUGUGGAUUUACCUGAACUGUUAACCUGUGGACAUGUUGGCCUACCUGUGGAAACUGUGAGGGUCACUGUGGAAGAGACCCUUCAUCUAACCUGUAUAAAUGUGUGUAUGCUGGAAAGACGGUCAUCUUUCUACCUUAUUGUAGCUCUUAUGUGUUCUACUCUUCAAAAUGCCUUUAAAUAGAAGAAAAAAGAGAGGAAAACACCAGUUAGACACAACCUGAGCACUGAAAGUGUCUAUCUCUGAUGUAAAUAUUAAAAUGACAACCCUGUCACUAAACAAAGUCAGACUGCUGCCGCUUCAACUUCAAGCUGUGUAAAGAGAAACGAGGAAGACAGAAAAAGGCAAAAAGGACAGUUUAGAGUAAGCAGAAGAAGAAUGCUCUGUCCUGAUGUACACGUGAUAGAGGAGAGGGGCUGAGGGUUUGGGCUCAGACUGGUCAUAUGCUGUGUUAUGUGAUAAGGUUGCACAAGUGUUCCUGUCAGUGAACUUUAACAGAGGGAAGAGAUGAAUCUUUCUUUUCGUUCCCUGUUCCUCUAUCUUUACCUCUCCUCCCCUGCCGUCGUACAAGAGAUGAACAGCUGCAGAUAAGAAGUCUUUACUCUCCUCUCGGGCACAAUAGACGGAUUGUUCAUCUCCUCCUCCGGCAGAAAUAGUGAGCUCUAAAUUAAAGACUUUGUCUAAACACACAGAAACACACAGCUCUAUGAGCUAUGGUUUCAUCCAUACGUCUUCUUUUGUUUCCAACCAGUGAAAGUACCACAGUAACCUAAGCUUAACCUCAGACAUGUCAUAAAUACCCCUGUUAUAUGAAGGCUUUCAGUUACACCAAUGGUUCCUCUUCUUUGUAUGUAGUAAAAAUAAAAGGAACAGCCCAUUAUGACAGGAUUGAACUAUAAAUAACCUUUUUUUAUCAUCCUCUCUUUGGAUAUUUUGGACGUCUGUAGAAAAAAUGUAUAAGAAAUCAAUGAAACUGUAGCAAGUGAUCCAAAAUACUAGACUGAACUGAAGCUCUAUGCAGACGACACACUGGUAAUUUUCACUAUCUGGUUUUCACUUAAUAGGACUACAGCAUCAUCCAUUCUUACAUUUUUAUAUUUUAUGGUUAAUUAAACCUAAAUUAAGUUAAAAUGACUGAAUUAAGUAUGAAAUAAUGAGCAGAUAUUAAUCAGAAUCAUUUUCAUAGCCAAUAGAAAAAAAAAUAAAGGAUCAACAUAUUUAGUGACUGGUAGGGCUACACGAUUAUGGCAAAAUCAUAAUCUCUAUUAUUUUGAGAUUAUGAUCAUUAAGAUUGAUUACUCAUUGAUUUUACAACAUUUUGUAUCAUGGAUUUACCAAACUUGAAACACCCUUAACACCUUGAUAAUCAAGCAAUAGAUCAAGAAAAUUGAAAAAAAAAUCUAAAUAUCUCAAAUUGAUAAUGGACCUGAAUAAAUAAAAACUAAAAGAGCAGAACGCAACAGGCGGCAAAGUAAUCGUUCAUUAUAAUUAUCGUGGUUUAAUAAUUGUUGAGGCCAAAUCGUAACUAAAAUUUAAAAUCGAUUAAUUUACCAGCAGAAAUGACCAGGCAAAAAAUAUACUUACUUUGGUGAUAUUGAACUUUCUCAUUUCUCGUUUCAAAGAUUAAUUGUGUUUGGUGGCUUGUCCUGAGCUCCUUGAAGCCCCCCCUUUCCUAUCCUACGCUACAUGGACAAAAGUAUUCGGCCCCCUGACUGUUAAACCAACAGGAACUGUAAUGACAUUGUUUUCAAAUGCAUGUUCUUUAAUAUGGAGUUGUCCCAACUUUUUUAGCUAUAAAGGCUUCCACUCUUCUUGGAAGGCUUUCCACAAGACUUUCAAGUGUUUUUGUGUGAAUUUGUGCCCAUUCAUUCUAUAGAGCAUUUCAAAGGUAAGGCUCGCAACCUCCGUUCAAGUUCAUCCCAAAGGUGCUCGAUGGGGUUGAGGUCAGAGCUCUGUGCAGGCCAGUCAAGUUCUUCCACACUGAACUCUUUAAAUCAUGGCUUUAUAGUCCUUGCUUUGUGCACUGAGGCAUAGUCAUGUUUGAGUAGAAAUGGGCCUUCUCCAAACUGUUGCCUCAAAGUUGGAAGCAUAACAUUGUUUGAAAUGUCUUGAAGCAUUAAGACUGGCCUACAGUGGAGAUAAGGGACCUAGCCCAAAGCCUGAAAACCCAGCCCCAUACCAUUAUCACUCCUCCACUAAACUUCACAGUUACCACAGUGCAGUCAGGUAAUGUUCUCCAGACUCACCCAUCUGACUGCCAAACGGAGAAGUGUGAUUUGUCACUCCUCAGAGCACGUUUCCACUGCUCCACAGUCCAGUGUCUGUGGUUUACACCACUCCAUCCAACAUGGAGGUAUGAGGAUUGCUUGAUUUUGUACACCUGUGGCAACAGAUCUAAUAGAAACACCUGAAUUCAACAAUUAACAGGUGUGGCCAAAUACUUUGGUCCAUGUAUGAUACCAAACUGCCCAUCCAUACACACAUCUCCUGGAAGUGACAGAAAUGGGAUUGACUCGUUGCUACAUGUGACAUUUGUUCAGACACUGCGAUUGGUUGAUUCGAUAAAAGGAGUAAAAUGUUUUUAAAAAGCGAUCUCUCAGUGUUAACAGGCAUUGAAGGACUGUGAAAUCGAUCAAAUUGAUCAUGUAAUCAUGAGCAUGGCUUUAUGAAAUGAAAGUCUGUGCUGAACAAAUUGUAAGCAUUACUGUAAAAGUGCAGAGCUUACAAAAUGUCUGUAAGCACAUGCUCACUUGAACAGUAGGCUCUUGAUGCUGAUAUCACCAUUGAGAGCCUUUUAAUCAGAAGUCAGAUUAACUUGUGGAGUAAACUUCUAGAAGGAUCCACCAUGGAUGCUUCAAUUUCAAAUGAAAAGAGACAAAAGAUAUGCUCAAAUGUCUGCGUAAAGAAUGAUUUUCCUGUUCAUCACUCAGUGACUGAAGAUGAGUGUUUUUAUUCAUUGUUUGAGAAACUUUUCCAUUUUUCAAGACGCCCCUACUUCAGAUCAACUCUGUCAGGACGGAAAUGUGCGCUAAAACUUUCAAAAUAAAACCUGAUUAAACUUCUGGUUAGGGUUAGUGUAAGAGUUGAGGGAUGGGUUAGGAUACCAGAAGUUAGAAGUCAAAACCUGACCUACAAAACUGAAUCACAAAACUUUUAAUAAAGUCGACUAGUCAGUCUGCUAACAGGAAAAAAGUCCCACAUGAAAACAUUUGAACGUAGCGAAGGAUGAAGCUUAACUAUGCUGGCUACAUAAGAGAAGUAGGUAAUGUAGCUGAAACCUGUACACCUUUUACAGUUCUGUAGAUCUCAUAAAUCUGUUUUAUUAAUGUAAAAUAGUUACAUAGCUAACGUAGCUAAAUUUAUUAAAGCUACGUUAGCUUAUGCUAAGUUUUCUACAGCUAACAUAGCUACAUUGGCUUAGUAGUUAACCACAUGUUAACCCAAUUUUCUGUUGACGUCUGCUGUGCUACGUGGUGUUUCUGUACAUGGGUAAAUGGUUAGGGUUAGGGCUAGACUCUGCUGUCUUUUUGUGAUGACGUAGCAUUUUUCAACAAAGCAGUAGAAAUCAUCAGAACGCUGGAUUAGACCUCUGACCUUUUUCUCUGUUUAUUUAUGAAAUGCUGUUUAGUCUGUAAUGUUUGCAGUGUGGUUAUUUCAUGAAUGUAACUGCCAGACUUUGUUUAUUAAAGAAGUCGAAUUUAAAAAAAAAAAAACUUCUAAAACCGGAAAUACACUAUACCGGCAAAUUACGUUCUCCCCGUCCUGACAGAGGCUGCGUCUCACAAUAGCAGUCUGCAAGAAGGGGCGUCUGAGAGCUGCAGUCAGCAGCCAGACCCCCUCCGAUUUUCUACUCUGUUUAAGAAACUCUUACAACUCUUACAGCUGGCACACGAUAAGUUUUAUAAAAUCUUAACUGACUCAGAUUUAACGCUCCUAUAGUGUGUGGUGUUCAAUGAGAUGACCAACAUGGGCUACCGCUCACUAACAGAUUCAGUCACCCACAACCAGAGUCUACAUUCUCAAAAAUCUGAAAAAAGUCAAAAAAUUGACUAGCUGUUAGCUCCUUCCUACAGCCAUUGUUCCUGUAGUCCAACGCUGUAGCAGUUUAUUUUAGUGGGCCUUAAUAACAAAGUAAUUUUAUGGUAUUAAUUGGUUAUUAUCUAGUAAAUUUUCAAGAAUGAGGUGUGAUUACCUUAUAAUAGGCUGGCAUAUUACCAGUUAAUAACUUGCUAAUUUAAAAUAAUUAUUCACCCAAUAAUAAAGUAUAAGUUAUAAAUUAAUUUCUUUUAAUAUUGUUGCAAUCCUAUGGUAAUUAGGUGGUAUUUUACCAAGUCAAUUCUUAGAAAUAACAUGAUCAUUUUCUGUACAAGUUGCUUGAUAAUUCCCAGGCAAUUUUUUUUUUUUUUUUUUAGUUAUUUAUUUUUUUAGAGGUUAGGGUUGGUGUAAAAUACCACCUAAAUGAUAGAGAAUUGCAACAAUAUUACAAUAAAUUACUUGAUAAUUAAUACAUUAUUACUAGAUCAAUACUUCCUUAAUCUUACCAUAUUGCCAAGUUGUGACUUUAGUAUUCUUGAGAAAUUACAAAUAGUUACCACUUAUUACUAUAAAAUUACUAGGUAAUUAGAGCCCAUUAAAACAAAGGGUUACCUCUAACUCCCUUUAGAUUAUGUUAUGUUAUACAGGGCAUGUUUAAUCACUCAUGUUGCGACCACAAAUCAGCAAAUUUCUCCUCCAUUUCUGUCAUCCACUUGCGUUUAUGCCUGAUGUUUACUUUCAUUGCCAUGGCUGUGUUUGUUGUGCUUCCUCCUUUGGUCAGUUUGCUUCCUGACUGGCUGAUCCAAAACAGCACUCCACAGAGUGUGCGUUUAGCUGUCUUUGGUGUUCCCUUUACAACAUCAAAUCAGAGCAUCCUGAUCAUCUUUGGAGGUUAUCAGGGAGGGUAAACCUUGGCAAAAUCUGGCCGGUUAAUCAUUUGGAUCAUCAGAUAAUGUGGCCUUUGCUGACUUUGGUGGGCAGGUGGAAAUUGGGCAAAUCGGCAUGAUUGUUAAGUGUAUUCCCUGUUUUUAAAGUCCUCACCACUACUCCUUGAAAUUUUUCACCUUAGGAGCUCUCUCAAGGACUAAGAUGCUCUUACUAUGAUUUAUCUUAAUAACCUACUAGUCUUCGCUUUUGGGCAAAAUCUUAGAAAAUGUCAUGAUUGUCAGAUCAGAUUUUUGUGAAUACAGCCCCUGAUCUCUGCCUUAGAAGUUCUUUUAUGAGGUUUUAAUGGAUGUAUGUUGAGAUAAAAGCCCAUGUCCUUCCUCAUUCCCUCAUUUCACCUCUUCUUUAAGCUGUUCUUAAGUGUAGUUUGAUUUAAUUCCUAGUGUUUUAAUAACAUUCACUCUGGUACGCAGCAGCAGGACUGACCCCCUCCAUCCUGAAUCUAAAGACCCUUUUGAGAGGCCGCGGCUGAUCAUGAGCACUUCCACUCGCCUUAUUAUCAAACUGUAUAGUUAUUUGUAUGUAUCUGUGAGUGUUCCCAUAGUGAAUUGUGGCUUUUUUCUUCAUGUUUAUGUAUUUUGUACAUAAAUGACUGUAAGUAUGUGACUGACACUGUGUGUAAUGAGGUAACCGUACAGUACAAACACCACUGCGUCUAACAGUACCACUGUAACGUUGCUGCAACGUUUGUUGUUUACUAACCUACCUUGUUUCCACUCACACGUGUUGUUUUGUAAGUUUUUCGUCAUUGCACUGGAGAGAAAACAACCAGAAACGGAAAAAUCUGGAGAAACAAACAAACAAACACGCUGCAGACUUCGAUGAAGGCAGAGGAUGAAAAGAUGGAGGUCUUCUUUUUUUUUCCUGGUGCCUUGGCUCUGUGCUCUGUGGUGAAAUACACUGC